UGCCAGGAAGACUAUGGCCAGAUCAGGAGGACGUUUAGCUGUUGUGCGCGUCGUAAAAUGUACGUGACUGCAGAGACAAUGUACACAGCCAGUUAACAGUGUUUGUAAAAGCGUCAACAUUCGCACACAAAGCCAAUAAGAGAACGGAACUGGCCCGGCAUGAAUCAAUAUCCGCGACUAGAUUUAUGUACUAUUAGUAACGGCUAUUACGGGUCGGGAGAUGCACCGUCAGAUAAUUCAGAUGCGGAACAGGAGCCCCUGCCGUACUUUUCCCCGCUGUCGAACGGCGGCCGACUGACCCCGUGCAGUUCCAACUCGCAAGAACUCUACAACAUCCACGAUCCAUACGGGGCUCCAGCCGAGAACCAACAGAGCCUACCAUCCUCCCAACAACCCGACCAAGAAGCGUAUCAGUCAUACCUUCAGCGGUUUCGUCUUGAUUGCCCACGAGGCAUCCGCUUGAACGCGGCCUGGACGUACUGGUACAUCAUCACGGAAAAAGGCGAGGCAGAUUGGAAGGAGAACAUGAAGCCCAUGUGCACAUUUGAUUAUAAGGAACAGUUCUGGGGAAUGUGGAACACUAUUAAACCGCCGUCGGAGUUGCCAGCCAAGCGCGAGAUGGCAUUGUUCCGCGGAGGAUUCGGCCGGCGUCCAGUGUGGCCGGACUGGAACGAUGCCGAAAACAUAGAUGGCGGCAGAUGGAAAAUUAUAUUUAAGGUCAACGAGCUCCCGCAGAUUGUGGACAACUUUUGGCGGGAUCUAAUGGUACACUGCAUUGAGGAACGAUGGGUACCGUAUUCAGGGUUCAUUAACGGAGUGUCCAUAACCGUUAAAGGACAGUUUUAUCGAAUCUACGUGUGGCUGUGCACAACGCGACCCGCCUAUGUGGAGUUCGUUCGGGAUCGCAUAAAGGAGCUUUUAAAAGACAUUCCAUGUGUUCAGAUUGAUUACUUAACAGGGACUGGCGACCGGAAUCGGCCAGCCCAAGAUAUUUCGAAACUACAGACUCUUAAUGUAAACUUGCCAGAUCGAUUGCAUUCGGUGCCCUUUGAACCUCCGCACCAAAGACCGAUUGAUGCGUAGAUUCGGAUACUUUUUCAUGACUUUGUUGAAGAACGGAUACCGUCCAAGAAAAAAAGCCUUUUUGUUAUUAACGGCUUCCAGUCCAGCUGGGACAGAAGGUACGGCUUGGCUCAGCUGUCUCAUUGUCGGAGUGAACACGUUAGUGUGACGCUGAAUUCAAACGCAGUUUAAUUAGAGGGCUUUUCUGGCCAAAGUAUUAUUUUUGUCCUCCAUUUGGUAAUUUUAUCAAUUUGGUACCUCCAUAAUAUCUUUCGCAUCUGUUC